GUGAAUUAGUAUACCAUCAAUGAUGGCAGAACAUCCACCAUUACUGGAUACCACUUCAAUUAUAAGUAGUGAAAUCCCUCUUCUGACUUCCCCUAUUGUUAGUGGGGAUGGAGCACAACAGAGUAUUUUUUCCCCUCUUCUUUCUGGCUUACUUGAGAAAUGAAGUCAUAAACUGUAUUGCAGAUUAUAAAGUCAGAAGUUGGUUCAUCCUGAGUUAGUAAUAGCCUAUCUGGGAAUCAGGAGGCUAAAUUAAAAAUGCAGUUAUAAAACGGCAUAUAUUUGGAAGCUUUGUUCUCUUAAACCCGAACCUUCUGUUGACUGACGUUAGAUGAUCCAGAAGCAGAUGCUGCAGCAGCUAUUUGUUGAUUUAGUUGCUAUGGUGACAUGAUACAUUCAUGUACAGCAGGAAGCUCACUGUACGUUGGCUAAUUUGAUAGGAAGGAAGGCUUGAGGAGGGGGGGCAGUGUUCCACACAUCCCCGAAGAUUACCUCAGUACUGAGUGAAUGGAACAGAUUGGAGCAGCCGGAGUGGUGCCUGUUGAAUCUUCCUUCAUCCUUUGUCACUGUGGUAGCACCAGUUGAAUGAGAGAAAUAAAAGGAUGCGAGCAACAGUUAUUCUUGUGCAAGUUAAUCCAGGGGAAGCAUUUACAAUAAGAAGAGAAGAUGGACAGUUUCAGUGCAUUACAGGUCCUGCUCAGGUUCCAAUGAUGUCCCCAAAUGGUUCAGUGCCUACUAUUUAUGUGCCUCCUGGAUAUGCCCCACAGGUUAUUGAGGAUAACGGUGUUCGAAGGGUCGUGGUGGUUCCCCAGGCUCCAGAAUUCCAUCCUGGCGGUCACACGGUGAUACACAGGCCUCCACAUCCCCCACUGCCCGGCUUCCUUCCUCUUCCAGCCAUGAUACCCCCUCCACCCCGUCACAUAUACUCACCUGUGACUGGAGCCGGUGACAUGGCAACGCAGUACAUUCCACAGUAUCACGCUUCUCAAGUCUAUGGGGAUGUGGAUACUCUGCCUGCUCAUGGAAGAUCCAACUUUAGAGAUGAAAGGUCUAGUAAAACAUAUGAAAGGUUACAAAAAAAGUUAAAAGAUCGACAUGGAACUCAGAAGGAUAAGUUAAACAGUCCUCCAUCAUCUCCUCAGAAAUGUCCUUCUCCUACAAGUGAACCUAAUGGACUUACAAAAGGACAGGAUGCAGCUGGAAUAAGCACAGGUUCUACCAAAUGCAAGUCUUUGGGUAAAAGAAAAAGCAGUUCUCAGACAGACACAGAAGUAGAAGAAAAGGAUGAAGAAACAAAAGCACUGGAAGCACUUCUUUCUAACAUAGCCAAGCCAGUGGUAUCAGAUAUUCAGGCAAGAACUGCACUGCUGAUGUGGUCCCCUCCAUCCAGUGAUACUGGAGAAGACACAGACAAGAAUGACAUACCAGAGGCUUAUACUUAUGAAGUGAUGAUUUCAAGUACUGGAAAAGAUGGAAAGUACAAAACUGUGUACAUUGGAGAAGAAAAUAAAGUUACUGUAAAUGAUCUCAGGCCAGCAACUGAUUACCAUGCAAAAGUCCAAGUAGAAUGCAACUGUGUAAAGGGGAGCCCUUCAGAAACAGAGAGUUUUACCACAGCAAGUUGUGAACCUGAUACUCCAAAUCUGCCCAGGAUAACUAAUCGGACCAAAAAUUCUCUUACUCUUCAGUGGAAGGCAUCUUGUGAUAAUGGUUCCAAAAUCCACAGUUACCUUUUAGAAUGGGAUGAAGGAAAAGGAAAUGGAGAGUUUUGCCAGUGUUAUUAUGGUCAACAGAAGCAGUACAGGAUCACUAAACUGUCACCAGCAAUGGGGUACACCUUUAGGCUAGCAGCCAAAAAUGACAUGGGAAUGAGUGAUUUUAGUGAAGAAGUCCUGUAUCAUACCUCAGGCACUGCCCCAACCACACCAGCAAGUCCUUUGCUGAUUAAUGCUGGAGUUACUUGGUUAUCCCUUCAGUGGACAAAACCCUCAGGAACACCAUCAGAUGAAGGAAUCUCAUAUAUAUUAGAGAUGGAGGAUGAGAACUCAGGAUAUGGUUUCAAGCCAAAAUAUGAUGGUGAUGAUCUUACCUACACGGUGAAGAAUUUGAGGCGUAGUACAAAAUAUAAAUUUAGGGUCAUUGCAUAUAACUCAGAAGGGAAGAGCAGUCCAAGCGAGACAGUGGAGUACAUUACUUGUCCAGACAAACCUGGAGUACCUUCAAAACCCACAGUGAAAGGAAAAAUUCAUGCACAGAGUUUUAAAAUAAUCUGGGAUCCACCAAAAGACAAUGGGGGAGCAGCAAUACAUACAUAUGUUGUGGAAAUGUCUGAAGGCUUAAGUGGAAACAAGUGGGAUACAAUAUACAGCGGAGCCGCUAGGGAACACGUGUGUGACCGACUAAAUCCGGGCUCUUCCUAUCGGUUACGUGUAUAUUGCGUUGGGGAAGGAGGACAAAGCACGGUAACUGAUUCCUUACUGGUGCAGACACCAGCAGUGGUUCCUGGUCCAUGCCAGCCUCCAAGGCUACAGGGUAGACCAAGAGCAAGAGAAAUUCAGCUGCGCUGGGGACCACCUCAGGUAGAUGGUGGUUCACCCAUUACCUGUUAUGGUCUGGAAAUGUUUCAGGCAGAAAGCGAUGAACACAGAGAGGUUUACCAGGGUUCUGAUGUUGAAUGCACAGUGGGCAGCCUUCUUCCAGGGAGGAUGUACAGCUUCAGACUGAGAGCAGCUAACAAGGCUGGGUUUGGACCUUACUCAGAAAAAUGUGAAAUAACUACAGCACCUGGACCCCCAGAUCAAUGCAAGCCCCCUCAAGUGUCGUGCAGAUCUGCUGCCUGUGCUCAGGUGUCGUGGGAGGUACCAGUGAGUAAUGGAGCUGAUGUCACGGAGUAUCGACUGGAGUGGGGCGGUGUGGAAGGAUGCAUGCAAAUCUCCUAUUGUGGUCCUGGGCUCAGCUGUGAAGUGAAAGGGCUUUUGCCUGCCACUAUAUACUAUUGCAGGGUUCAGGCAGUGAAUGUUGCAGGUGCAGGCCCUUUCAGUGAAGUAGUAGCGUGUAUGACUCCAGCCUCUGUACCUGCAGUUGUGACCUGUCUUCGUGGACUAAGUGAAGAUGAAGUUGAAAGUCCACACUAUUCUCCUUCCACAUGCCUUGCUAUAAGCUGGGAAGAGCCUUGUGACCACGGAUCUGAAAUCCUCGGCUACAGCAUAGACUUUGGAGAUAAGCAGCCAAUAACUGUUGGGAAGGAUCUGACCUAUUUUAUAGAUGGCUUACAGCCGGAUACUACCUACAGGGUACGAAUUCAAGCCCUAAACAGUCUUGGAGCGGGUCCUUUCAGCCACACCAUAAAACUGAAAACAAAGCCUCUCCCCCCGGAUCCACCUCGCCUGGAAUGUGCUGCAUACAGUUCUCAGACUCUCAAGCUGAAGUGGGGAGAGGGAACUGCGAAAGCAUUAACUGACUCCAUCCAGUACCACCUUCAAAUGGAGGAUAAGAAUGGAAGGUUUGUAUCCUUAUACAGAGGACCAUGUCAUACAUACAAAGUUCAAAGACUCAGUGAGUCAACAUCAUACAAAUUUUGUAUUCAGGCAUGUAAUGAAGCUGGUGAAGGUCCCCUUUCUCAAGAAUACAUUUUCACUACUCCCAAAUCUGUUCCAGCUGCCUUGAAAGCACCAAGGAUAGAGAGAAUAAACGAUCACACUUGUGAAAUCACAUGGGAGGUUCUGCAGCCCAUGAAGGGUGAUCCAGUUAUCUACUGUCUUCAGGUCAUGGUGGGAAAAGACUCAGAAUUCAAACAGAUUUACAAGGGCCCAGACUGGUCGUUCCGAUACACGGGCCUCCAGCUGAACUGUGAAUACCGAUUCCGCGCGUGUGCCAUUCGCCAGUGCCAAGAGGCCACGGGUCACCAGGACCUGGUGGGCCCCUACAGCACCCCAGUGCUAUUCAUCUCUCAGAGGACUGAACCACCGGCAAGCACCAACAAGGACACUGUGCAAACCACAAGGACACAAUGGUCACAGAGCGACCAAGUGUGUGCUGCUGUCAUCCUUGCACUUUUUGCUAUCUUUUCCAUUCUGAUUGCUGUUAUCAUUCAGUACUUCGUCAUAAAGUGAAGAAAAGAGAUCUAUUUUAUAAUGCUGCCCAUUACAUUUUACUUUCUCAUAAUCUAAAAGUAAUUCUGUUCUCUUGCUUUUACAAAACCAGGCAUUUAGCACCGGUAUUGGGACUGAUGCAAACUUUCUCAGCCACUUUAAAAUGCUUAUUCGUAGGUAUAGGCUGACACAUGUUAUUAAAAUGCAAGCCACAGAAAUAUAAUCUUUUCUUUAUAUGCCUUCAUGCAGUACAAACUCGAUAUGGGGCAGGCACGCAGCGUUUAAGGAAAAGGGUUUGACCAGUAAAUGCAGGCACGCAGUAAAGGUGAUUUCCUGGCCCACACUUCUAAGGGUUGCUAACAUAACAGGGAAGAAUGUGUAGAUCGCAUUUAAAACUUACACUAACAAACUUGUGCUGUACACAAUAUUAAUCUGAUGCUGUGAAAGCAAUUUAGCGCUGUAUUUCUACCUCCUCAUUUGUCUUAAUUAUUUGGGAAGCAGGAUUUAUGCUGAAAAACAGAAGGGGCUUUUCUCAGGCAGCAAAUAAUAAACUGGAUGGAAGAGUAUGCAUGAAGGAAGCUUCUUAUCUGAUAAAUGUGGAGUUCUUCACUGCAAGUAGAUGUUUUUGAAAGACUACAAGGAGAUGGCACAAGUGGUUUAUCUUACCCCCAGGAUUUGGUGUUUACUAACAAAAAAUGCCUCUUUUACUUCUUCUGAAUAUAGAAGGGAGAGUGUGAGAGACCUUCUUAGACUUGUUAUUUAAAUUGAAAAACACAUUUCCAAAGUUGACCUUUGAUUGGAUGCAGAUGUCUGUGCCCUCUGAUUUUGGCUAGUCAACAGAAUUUUGAGAUAAAAUUCAUUGUUGAAUUUUUGCUGUUUCCCCAACAUUCACUUGCCAUAUCCACCAAAAAUAAGCACUGCCUUUUUUUGUUUGUUUUGUUUCUGUCUUUCUUUCUCUUUUUUCCUUUCCUUUCUUUCUUUCUUCUUUCUUUCUUUGGGGCACCAAAUCAGAAGACGAAGUGUAGUAAUUUGCACCAGAAAACUUAAAGCUGCUUUUUUCUUGAGAUCCUAAUGUUUAAUGUAAUGUCUCUUUGGAUACUGUACCAAAUUGUUGAUUGCAUGUAGUUAAUGUUGCAUUAGAGCACUUUGCAAUUGCAUAACUCAUCAAUGUUUUGUGAGCUUGCAUUUGUGAGUUCUUGAAUGACCAGACUGAAUUUUAACAAGUAUCCCAUUGAACAUCUUGCUGGAUGUCAAUGAUUGCCAGUGACACAAAGCUUGUAGUGAAACUAUCUUUAAAAAAAAUCCUUGUCUCAUCACACUUAUGUUAUUUGUUAUACACUUUGUAAUUAGCUACUUUUAAUUUAUUUGAGUUACAAGAUAGUGGAUCAUUAAUGACUUCUAGUUGUGUUCAGUUUAGCAUUUUUAAUAGUAUUAAACACUUCUGUCAGUCUUAAUAAUAAUAAAAAAAGGAACCUCUGUCUUGUGCUUUGAAGAUCUCUGAAGAAUUUCUCUUAUAUUAGAACGGGCAUGUAUUGUAAUUGUUUAUACGUCCAAUGAUCUGUGCUGUAGAAUAAUGUUGCUGAGUUUCGUUUUUUUUAAAGAAAAAAAAAAGAAGAAAUGGCAAAGAACUUGGCCUCCACGUGGCAAGAACGAUCUGUCUUUAAAAUGUACUGUAUGUUUACAUUUUAUUUCUAAUUUGUCAUUUGUACGUAUAGGCUGAUACCUUCCCGCAGGAUACCGUGAUAACUGAUGUUUUCUAGAACCUUCUUAAAAGUGCCAUGUUUGGCAGUGCAAAUGAGGUUGCGUGUCACAGCCCAGAGAUUUCUUAUGGUUGAAUGUCUAAAACGGUAAGAUUUGUUACUGCAGGCAACCUGCAGUGACUUACGUUUUUCAUAGUAAAAUUCAAAUGAGCUCCUAUUUUUGAUAGUCAUUUAAUAGUGUAUUUGCCAUUUGAGCCUCAGUGCAUAUUACUGCAUUGAAGACAGUUUUUAAUGUAAUCUUAAUUUUACCUCAUAUACUGUACAUUCCAAAAA